GUCGAUUUACAAAUUCAGUUUUAUUAUGACUGAAAAAUCUAACAGUGAAAAAACCCCCGCUUUCUUCAGAAAAUAUAAUAUUGCUAUACUACUGUUAGUGGUAAGUCUAUUUUUUAAUCCUUUACAGGUAGGGAAUCAAGAUACUCGGGGGUUGCAAAACAGUUAUCAUGACAGAUAAAAACCAGUUUGUUUACACUGGUAGAAUGGAUAGUCAGAAACAGGAGAACUUGGAGCUCCAGGGGCAGAAUUGGUCAGCGUGCCACACUUAUACAGAAACAGGAAAACCGAAUGAGCCACUCUUUUUUCUUCAUUCAGGUGUGGGCACCACAUGGCUCAGGUGAUUACCCUUGUUUCAGCUUAGGAGACUGAUACCCCAGGCGGGAGAUCAUUAGUUCCGACACCUGCGAGACCAGAGAGAGCGGGGAAUGGAGGCACCUGGAGUCAGAAGUGUCUGACCCUUUAAAUACUGGGAGCCUAAGUUGUGUUAGGGCUCCCUCUUGCUUUUGCCUGUUCCUGCUACUGUCCUAAGAUCUUCAAUAAAUGUAGCUUCCCUACUACUACGAGGUGUGCGCUUGGCAAUUCUUUCCUGGCCAAGGACCUAGACUGGUAUUUUUGGCCCAUUUAACUGUAAGAGAAGUAACAAAGUUUUCAUAAUAAAUGACACUAGCACUCACUUUGGGAAAGAAGUACUUCUGCCUUUAUUGCAAAGGAAAACUUAAUUUUGGCUAUUAAAAAUCUGAUAUACAGGGCUACACUGUCGUUAUCCAAUAUCUGUAAAAACUUGGGCAAGUAAUUAACUUUUCUAGUGCCUGUUUUCUCAGACACAAAAACUACUUGUAUCUCGGGUUGGCCCUCCUGUUGCCUCUUGUUCUCAGGGCCUCAGACGAAUUAUAAAACUCCACUUUAUACAUAUUUUGUGUCUAAUUUAAAAGUAUGUUAGACUCUUAAGAAGAAAUAGCCAAGUACAAGGCACAGGACAGUUUCCUGCCCUCCCAGGUCAAGAAACUCUCGUUUUCUGUGGGUACAAUCUCCCGUUCGCUAUGAAGGACCUCGGCUACUCCAACUUAUGUGCAUGCACCGCCCCAAAGAAUCCCCCAAAUUCUUAAGCCGCCAUCAUAAGGCAGGAAAUGCACAAUUCCAUUGUAUCUUUACUUUUGAAGGGUUUAAGUGAAGGGAAUUACAUUCAGGUGCUUUCCGAGAAGCCUCCACUACUGAGCCCAACGACUUCACCUACUUUCACCUCCAACACCACCCAGCUACGCGCUCCUUCCGGGCUCCAGGUGAGAAGACCGACGGGACAUCAACCAAUGGGCUAGCUCCUUCUCCACGGCAGGGCGGGACUUCAGCCCAGCGUCGGAGGCCCGCCUCUAUACGUGCUGUGCGUGCGUGCGUGCGUAGCACCGUGCGGCGAAGGCCGUUUCUCCAGCGCGUGGCGCCCUCCGGCGGCCGCGAGUCCUCAAUGCGACGGCCCGACCUGAGCGCCCGCCAUGGAGCCGCGGAGAGAGGCGCGAACCCCUCGGGACACGGUUGCGCGCCCGCCCGGGGUCUCGACGACGUCGGUGAGGGGCGUGGAGGAGCGGCGGGAGGGCGGUGCCUCGCCGGCAGCGCCAGCUUCGGACCCGGAGGCGGACUGCGCGAGCGCGGACGGGCUGUGGGUGCUGCCCGUGGAGCCCAUCUGCAGCCGGCCUCAGAAAGUGUGUUUGUGUCCAUUUCUACCAGCACACCCUUUGCACAUCUCUACCCACUUGUAUAUAAUUCAGCAUCCAGCAGAGGAAAACAAAGUAUUGCGGACUGUUCCUCUGUUAGAAGCAUGCCUCCCCCAGGACAAGUGUAAAGUAAAGAUUGGUCGUCGCUUCAGCGAAGAAAGAGAUACUGAACUUUCAACUGUCUGCCGGAAGUCUGGUACAUUAAUAUUCUAUCCAGGGGCCGAAGCUGCUAAUUUGGAAGAAUUUAUAUUAGAUUCUGCUGUUUAUCCUUCCACAAUCAUCAUCAUUGAUGGUACAUGGAGCCAGGCUAAGGACAUUUUCUAUAAAAAUCCCUUGUUCCGCCUUCCCAAACAGGUGCAGUUAAAAACUAACAUUUCCAGUCAGUAUGUAAUUCGGAUGCAACCGACUAAUAGGUGCCUUUCUACACUGGAGUGUGCAGCUGUUGCUCUUUCUAUUUUGGAGAAAAAUAAUUACAUACAGGAGACUUUGCUUCGUCCCCUUCAAGCUUUGUGCUCUUUCCAGCUUCAGCACGGUGCUCAGAUUCGCCUCAGCAAGGAACACCUUCUGAGAAACGGGUUAUACCCCAAGCCAAUGCCAAAGAACAGACGCAAGCUCAGGAAAAUAGAACUCCUUAUGAAUAGUGUUAAAAUUUAGUGCAGCUAUUCUUCUGGUGCUAAUUUAGCUGUUACAGCUGAAGAUGCCACGUUAAAUUUUCAUCAGGUUUAAGUUGUGGGCUUUUGACUUUCUAAAAAAGCAUGAGGAUUGCUACUAAUCUUGUUCAGAAGAAGGAAGAAAAGCAAAUAGCCAUAAAAACAAAACAAAACAAAACCUUCUCUGACUCAGUGAAAAGCAAGAUUUCAUACUGUAUUUAUUUUCAAAAAAUAUGCCUCUAAUACAUUUUUUUCUGAUCCAUAAUUUAAAAUAUAAUUAGUUGCUGAGCUAGGGUAAGGAGCCCUCAUAUAUAAAAUGGAAAGAGAUUGUGCCUGAUUGGAACAGUAUUGUUUCCAUUAAUGUGUGCGAAUAACUAGUUGUAGUCUAAUAAUAGUAUCCUGCAUCAAUUUGUAAUCUUGUACAUGAACUUUAUAGUUUGAAAUAAGUAGCAAAAGAAAAUAAUGGUAAUUAAGGGGUUUAGAUAGUUGUUUAUUUCAUAAAAUAGUGUAAAGUAAAAAAAUAAGUAUUCUUUGGGUAUUAAAUGAGCUCAAUAGUUUAUUUACAUUUUCUGUUAAUUGCCUGAAUAUUACAAAGAAGUGCAUGUUAUUUUAAAAUAGUAUACAUUUUUGUUUAAAAUCACUCUGGAUAAGUUCUGAUUUUUCAAUGUUAAUUGAACAGGUUUUGUGGUAAACUGAUUUUAUUGUAGUUUUCAUAUGGAAAUAGCUAUAGUAGACUAGAAUAUAAUGCAGUUGUUAUUUUGAGAACAUAUUUCUGUAACUAGAGCUACUUAAAUCUUUUUUAAUGGGCAAAGCCCUUCAACUUGAAAGAAAAAUUUCCCAUAUACGCACUGGGAAAUAUUUACUGGGAUUUUGUAUGGAAUAAGAGAAAUAUAUGUAAUGUAUAUUUACAUAUAAAAAUUAAACCUAUUAUAGUUAGGUACAUAUUUUAGCAAGAAGGAGAAAUUUGUUUUGGUCUUUGUGACUUCCAGAAUACCUUGCAUCUAGUGUUAAGCUGGAAGGAAAGGCUAACCGUGCAGCCUAAUGGUGAGCAUGAUACGUACUGCUUGUGAGAGAGGGGAGGCAGGGUAUGUGAACAUGUGUCAGUAGUGGGUUCUGACAAUUUUCAUGUCCAUUUAUUUGUUUUUUUUUUUUUAACCUAGAUUAGAUCCUUAUUAGACCUUAUAAUCAUGGGUGACAAUUGGAAUGCUAAUUUGUGCAGGAAAACUAUGCAGAAAAUAUUUUAAAAUAUUAAACAAAAAUUAGAUUUCUAUCUUUCAUUACUAAUUUAUUUUUGGAUUUAAAAACAGAUUAGGUGAUUUGUAAUCUAAAAUACCUAAUGUCAAAUGAUUUUUUGGUGUAAUAAAAAGAAACUGUAUAAUAAUGGAUAAUGCUUUCUUAACAAGUGGAUUAAAGUCCUUGCAAUAAUGUUAUGUUGAAAUUAAACUUCACAAAUUUUCAUUUAUAUUUCAAAA